GGGGGCAAGGUGGGACGGCUGGAGAGGGGCAGUCCGGGCCACUCCAGCGAGGUGAUCAGCCCCGAGAUCCUCAAGAUGCGAGCGGCUCUUUUCUGCAUCUUCACCUACCUGGACACCAAGACCCUGCUGCGGGCGGCCGAGGUGUGCAAGGACUGGAAAUUUGUGGCCCGGCACCCGGCCGUGUGGACACGGGUGCUGCUGGAGAACGCCAGGGUGUCCUCCAAGUUCCUGGCCAUGCUGUCUCAGUGGUGCACCCAGAUGCACUCCCUCACCCUCCAAAACCUCAAGCCACGCCAGCGGGGGAAGAAGGAGAGCAAGGAGGACUACAUGAAGAGCACACGGGGCUGCUUGGAAGCCGGGCUGGAGUCCCUGCUGAAGGCGACGGGCAGCAACCUCCUCAUCCUCCGCAUCUCACACUGCCCCAACGUGCUGACGGACCGCUCGCUCUGGCUGGCCAGCUGCUACUGCCGGGCCCUGCAGGCUGUCACGUACCGGAGCUCUACGGACCCCGUGGGUCAUGAAGUCAUCUGGGCCCUUGGAGCAGGUUGCAGGGACAUCAUCUCCCUCCAGGUCGCACCUCUGCAUCCGUGCCAGCAGCCGACGCGUUUCAGCAACCGCUGCCUUCAGAUGAUCGGACGGUGCUGGCCGCACCUGCGGGCACUGGGCAUUGGAGGGGCAGGCUGUGGCGUCCAGGGACUGGCGUCCUUAGCCCGAAACUGCAUGCGGCUUCAGGUCCUGGAGCUAGACCACGUGGCAGAGAUCAACCAGGAGGUUGCAGCAGAGGUGUGUCGAGAGGGGCUGAAGGGGCUGGAGAUGUUAGUGUUGACCUCCACGCCAGUCACUCCCAAAGCCCUACUGCACUUCAACAGUGUGUGCCGGAACCUGAAGUCCAUCGUCGUGCAGGUGGGCAUUGUGGACUACUUCAAGGAGCCCCACAGCCCUGAAGCCAAGAAGAUGUUUGAAGAAAUGGUGAACAAACUCCAGGCCCUGAGGAAGAGACCCGGCUUCUCCAAGAUUUUACACAUCAAAGUGGAAGGAGGCUGUUAG